ACCAGACCUAGAGCCCGCGCUUAGAUUAGUCUCUCCUCCCAGUUGCAGUUCAUAGUCAUUUGUGGCUGUGCGCCGGCUGGCUAUUGCCUUGAAGGCGGGCGAACCUAUACCCAGGAAGGAGGAAGUUGUAGAAGCUGACCCCGAUCCUUGGCAGGUCUUUAGGUCCGUUGGUGCAGCAGAUUUCAAGGCUAAGAGAGGAAGACUGCUUCUGAUCCUAGCAGGAAGAAGAAGCAGGAAAAAAAAUCUCAAAAUGGAAAAUGCCCCCGAGGAAAGCAGAGGAGAGGAGCAGGCUCCAGUGCAGAAUGAAGAUGCCCACCCUUUGGGAGGUGGUGAAGGCCAGGAACCUGGAGGAAACAUUAGAGGGGAUUGGGCUCCACCUGCCCAGGAUUUUAGAGAGGAUAUGCCCAAUAGGCUUGUCAAUAACAUUGACAUCAUAGAUGGAGAUGCAGAUGAUAUGGAAAGGUUCAUGGAGGAGAUGAGAGAGCUAAGGAGGAAAAUUAGAGAGCUUCAGUUGAGGUACAGUCUGCGCAUUCUUAUUGGCGAUCCUCCUCACCAUGACCAUCAUGAUGAGUUUUGCCUUAUGCCUUGAAUGCUGAGGUUAAUAAUCAUAAAUCCCCUGCUUCCCAAACGUGCAUUUUCUUGAUGUACCCUUUACUGUGAACCUUUUGUGUUCUGUCAUUUUU